GCAACCGAUCCGGAGAUUGCAGAGUGCUGCGGGAACACUGUAUCCGAUAGAACAAACGGUUUGCAAUAACUGGAUUGGCCUUCCUGGGCUACCGUAGCGGUGAAGCCGCUGUCACUGUGGGCGGAUGAAGUCGCCUGGAAGUGUCCAGGUCCUGGCAGGGACAGGAAGUAGCUUGCUUUAUGGCAGGAACAGGACCACACGUGUUGGGAAGUGAGCGUGGAAUAGUUCUAGGACUUCACUAGCUGGAGUGCGUCUUUAUAAGGAGGUACUCAUCUAAAACCAGGCAAGAUGGAUGAAGAUCUGUUUGUCACUGAAUAUCCAGUGAGCGCAAGUGAAGAUGAGGGAGACAGCGACUCAGAAAGAAAACACAGAAAGUUACUAGAUGCUAUCUCCUCUCUGGAUGGGAAGAAGAGGAGGAGGUUGGCGGAGCGUUCUGAGGCCAGUCUCCAGGUGUCUGAGUUUGGAAUCAGUGCUGAAGGUACCGGGGAAAAAUUAACGCUCUCGGAUCUUAUUGCACCCAUUGAAAAAUCUACAAAACUUUCUACUGUAAAAAAACAACUGAAUAAACUAAAUCAGACAAAAAGUGUGGAGCUUCCUCUCACCAAAGAGGAGUCAAACCGGAUACAAAGAGUUGUGGCCUACAAAAAGGCAUCUGAAGAAGUCAGUAGAUGGGACCAUAUUGUAAAGCAGAAUCGGAAAGCAGAACAGCUGGUGUUCCCCCAAAAUGAUGAAAAAUUGAAGCCCACAAGAAUCGAAGAAGUUGUGAGCGGCUGGAAAGCAUGCACACCUUUGGAAAUGGAAAUAUUCAAUAUUCUUCAAAAAAAUAAUCAACCUUUAACCGAUCCAUUACUCACUCCUGUGGAAGAAGCAUCACUAAAAGCUAUGAGUCUGGAGGAGGCAAUGCUUCGACGGGCUGAACUUCAGAAGGCAAGAGCCUUGCAGUCCUACUAUGAGUCAAAAGCUCGGAGGGAGAAGAAGAUUAAAAGCAAAAAGUUCCACAGAGUGCUUAAAAAGAGCAAGACGAAGGAAGCUUUGAAGGGAUUUGAGGAACUGAGGAAAACCAAUCCAGAGGCAGCGUUAGAAGAAUUACAGAAGAUAGAAAGAACCAGAAUGGAGGAGCGAAUGUCCCUGAAACACCAAAAUAGUGGCAAGUGGGCUAAAUCAAAAGCCAUCAUGGCAAAGUAUGAUGACGAUGCACGCAAAGCAAUACAAGAACAACUUCAAAAAAACAAGGACUUGACUCGGAAAGUGGAGGUUUUGUCAGAAAGUGAUGAGAGUGAGACAGAGGAAGCUAUCCCAGAUUUUGUUAAUGAUGCGGAAACCAAUCUCGAUGGACUCAACCCCUGGAUGACCGGAAAACUGAGCAGAGAUACAAAGGACUCUGGGAAUCAAGAGGAGGAAGAGAAGGGUCAAACUGACCCUGAUGUAAACAAAAUGGCAGAGGUGUCGGAUCAUGAUAAUUCCGAGGCUGACCUAUCGGAGGAAGAGACCUUGCUUCAGGAAUUUGAGGAUAACCGACGUCUCAGGAAAAUGCAUGAAGAUGAUGCUAUUAAAGAGCCUGAUGCUGUCAAAGAAGCAGUAAGCAAUAUUGUUGAUGGCACAAGAGAAGAGCAAGUAACAGAGUUUAACCGCAUGUUUCAGAGAUUCUUGGAGCAAAAUAAAAAAGAUAGCGUCAAUAGGAAAAGUAAAAACAGUGACCCUGAGGAACAAGAAGAAGAUAACGAUGCUGAGGAACCAGUAGAACUUGCAGAAGAAAGUCCAUUAUUGGUGGAGAGCAUGGAUAGAAAACAGAGCUUAGUAGAAAUUGAUGCUCUUGGACAAGACGAACUGCAAGAUGAUCCCUUAAAACAGUCUAUUCCACCAAGCAAGAAGGAGAGUGCAAGGCAGUCUUUGCCAACCGUCACAGAGAUCCAGGAUAAGAAACCAAAACUUAUUGACCACAACAGUGUUCUACCAGUAAAGGCCCAUAAAAUUAAAACAUCGUUACUUCCUACUACUGUAGAGGAAGAGGAGGAGGAAGACGAUGAGGUUGAUCAAAAAAUGAUCAUCCAAGAAGCGUUUGCUGGAGAUGAUGUCAUUAAAGAUUUCCUUAAGGAGAAACACAACGCAGAAGAAGCUGGGAAACCUAAGGAAAUCAACCUAGUUCUGCCUGGCUGGGGAGAAUGGGGUGGACUAAAUCUGAAACCCAGCAAGAGAAAGCGGAGCAAAUUUAUUAUCCCAGCUCAUCCUGCGCGCCCAAGGAAGGACCGUCGACUUCCUAAUGUCAUCAUAAACGAGAAAAGGAGUUCAGGGGCUGCAGCCCAUCAGGUUAGUGUGCUCCCUUUCCCAUAUAAUAACCACACACAUUUCGAGAGCACCAUCCGGGCCCCUGUGGGUAAUACUUGGAACACCGAGAGAUCUGUGCAGAGGUUGAUUGCACCUCCAAUCAUUACCAAAAAAGGGCACAUCAUCGAACCCAUUACAGAAGAGGCUCUCCAAAAGCACGGACCAUCAAAAAAGCCCGAUAUGGAGCUUAACAAACCAAAACCCGAGUCAAAACGCCCACCUACAAAGCACCAUCGCCACAAAAGACUCCAACAAAAGAAGAAACAAUAGUUUGUUUGUUUUUUUUGUGAAAAAGAAAUGACUACAAUAAUGACCCAGCUGGUGGCUGAGACUAAUGUCUCAUUUUUGUUCCAGUGUGGACCUCACUGUGUUUAGAAUACAAACUUUUAAUUGCCAGUUUCAGUGUGAAGAAGCUUAUUUUUUAGACGAAUGAGGCUGUACCACCCAAUUGUGUAGCUUCUUCGUGACCGUCUCUGUUAACUGACUCUGAAAGGUAUAUUACAGAAAUUGUGGACAGUUUAUCUCCUAAACCAUCUUUUAGUACAUUUCCAUAAAAAAAAAAAAA